AUGUUCAAUCAGAUCAGGUUUUCAUUGGUCCUCUCCGCAUCGUCCAAAUUGUGUAUUAGAAGAAUUGUGUUACUUUUUGAGAGUUUCUGGUUAUAUAUGGCUCAUAUUUUUAUUUUUUGUUGUUUUAUGCUGAAAAUACCAAAUUUUUGGCUGGAUCAUUUCUUAGAGUAUUUCGAUGGUACUUUUUUUGUGUUGUUUAAUUGUUCAGUUGGUCAUGUCAAUGAUUUACUCUUCCAUGUCGUCAGUUUCUGUAAACUGCAUACCAUAAACACUAACAGAAUGUCCCUAACUCGAAAUUUCGAACCUAUAUAUCUCAUUUUCUGUGAAAGAUAUGAAAAAGGUAUCAACGGACAAAAUAUUUGA